GACACCAAGGGUCUUGAAUAACCAUGAGCAACCCUUUUGUACGGAUUGUAGAGCCACUGGACCCUAAGCAGCCUCAGAAGAAGUUCUUUAACCUGAGUAAAUUGGAAGAUGUGCGAUAUGCACGCUUGCCGUUCUCUAUUCGAGUCCUCUUGGAAGCAGCAGUCCGUAACUGCGAUGAGUUCCUGGUGAAGAAGGGCGAUGUUGAGAACAUUCUCAACUGGAAGGUGAUGCAGCACAAGAAUGUUGAGGUGCCGUUUAAGCCUGCGAGAGUUAUUCUGCAAGACUUCACUGGGGUACCUGCUGUGGUUGACUUUGCUGCGAUGCGUGAUGCUGUGAAGAAACUUGGUGGGGACCCUGAAAAAAUCAAUCCCAUCUGUCCUGCUGACCUAGUGAUCGAUCACUCCAUCCAGGUUGAUUUUAACAGGCGAUCAGACAGCUUGCAAAAAAACCAGGACCUGGAAUUUGAGAGGAACAAAGAAAGGUUUGAAUUCUUAAAGUGGGGCUCUCAGGCUUUUAAAAACAUGAGGAUUGUUCCGCCAGGCUCUGGGAUCAUCCACCAAGUGAACUUGGAGUACUUGGCGAGAGUGGUGAUGGACCAGGAUGGCUACUACUACCCAGACAGCGUGGUGGGCACCGACUCACACACCACCAUGAUCGACGGCCUGGGGGUGCUCGGCUGGGGUGUCGGUGGCAUUGAGGCAGAAGCGGUGAUGCUGGGGCAGCCGAUCAGCAUGGUGCUUCCUGAGGUGGUUGGCUACAAGCUGCUGGGAAACCCUCAGCCCCUGGUGACAUCCACCGACAUCGUGCUCACCAUCACCAAGCACCUUCGCCAAGUUGGAGUCGUGGGUAAAUUCGUGGAGUUUUUUGGUCCUGGUGUAGCCCAGCUGUCAAUCGCUGACCGAGCCACCAUUGCCAACAUGUGUCCCGAGUACGGAGCCACAGCUGCCUAUUUCCCAGUGGACGAUAUUAGCAUUGGGUACCUCUUACAAACUGGCCGUGAUAAAGAAAAAGUAACGUGUACCAAAAAGUAUCUUGAGGUUGUGGGAAUGCUAAGAGAUUUCAAGAACUCCUCUCAGGAUCCAGACUUCACACAGGUUGUUGAGCUGGAUCUCCACACUGUUGUGCCUUGCUGCAGUGGACCAAAAAGACCUCAGGACAAAGUUGCUGUGUCAGAUAUGAAGAAGGACUUUGAGACUUGUCUGGGAGCCAAGCAAGGAUUCAAGGGAUUCCAAAUUGCUCCAGACCGACACAACAGCACAGUCAAAUUUACUUUUGAGGGCUGUGACUUCGAACUUUCUCACGGUUCAGUAGUGAUUGCUGCCAUUACAAGCUGCACAAACACCAGUAACCCCUCAGUGAUGUUAGGAGCAGGACUGCUUGCUAAGAAAGCUGUCGAAGCUGGUUUGGCAGUGAAGCCGUACAUUAAAACAAGCCUGUCCCCAGGCAGCGGGGUUGUCACUUACUAUCUGAGGGAGAGUGGAGUUAUGAGCUACCUUUCCCAACUAGGGUUCGAUGUGGUGGGUUACGGCUGUAUGACCUGUAUUGGCAAUAGUGGGCCACUGCCAGAGCCCGUGGUUGAGGCCAUUACACAGGGAGACCUGGUGGCAGUGGGUGUGUUGUCUGGCAACAGGAAUUUUGAAGGGCGUGUCCAUCCCAACACCCGAGCUAACUACCUCGCCUCCCCACCGCUGGUGAUCGCCUACGCCAUUGCAGGGACUGUCCGGAUUGACUUUGAGAAAGAGCCUUUGGGAAUAAAUGCUUCGGGGAAGAAGGUUUUCCUGAAAGAUAUCUGGCCAACGAGAAGUGAGAUUCAGGCCGUUGAGCGUCAAUUUGUUAUUCCAGGGAUGUUCAAGGAAGUCUACCAAAAAAUAGAGACAGUAAAUAAGUCUUGGAAUGCCUUAGAUGCUCCUUCUGACAAACUGUACACCUGGAACCCCAAAUCGACUUACAUCAAGUCUCCUCCUUUCUUUGAUGGUCUGACUUUGGCUCUUCAGACCCCCAAAACAAUAAAAGAUGCUUAUGUUCUGCUGAGUUUUGGAGAUUCUGUGACAACUGACCACAUAUCUCCAGCUGGGAACAUUGCAAGAAACAGCCCUGCAGCCCGUUACUUGACCAGCAGAGGCUUGACUCCUCGAGAGUUCAAUUCUUACGGCUCCCGCAGAGGGAACGAUGCCGUCAUGGCCAGAGGAACAUUUGCAAACAUUCGCUUGGUGAACAAAUUUAUUGAUAAACAAGGACCUCAGACUGUCCAUUUCCCCUCUGGGGAAACUCUGGACGUGUUUGACGCUGCAGAAAGAUACAAACAGGCUGGUCAUCCUCUGAUUGUGCUGGCUGGGAAGGAGUACGGUGCAGGAAGUUCCAGGGACUGGGCAGCUAAAGGACCGUUCCUCUUGGGUGUCAAGGCUGUUCUUGCUGAAAGCUAUGAGAGAAUCCAUCGAAGCAACCUGGUUGGGAUGGGAGUGAUUCCUCUGCAGUAUUUGCCUGGAGAGGAUGCCGGGACUUUAGGACUCACUGGACGGGAGCGUUACACGAUUGUCAUUCCCGAAAAACUGAAACCGCAGAUGAACAUCCAGAUUAAGCUGGAUACUGGGAAAACCUUUCAAGCCAUCAUGAGGUUUGACACUGAUGUGGAGCUCACGUACUUCCACAAUGGCGGCAUUCUGAACUACAUGAUCCGAAAAAUGGCAUCCUAGUCAAAAACAUCAAGCAAAAAUACCCAGGUACAAGCCUCCUUCUGGUGAAUGCGCUAAAACUAUGGUAAUCACAAAUUUGAAAGCGUGAACCAUGAAGUGAA